AUGGGGAAAAAGAUCGUAGGCUUGUAUUGUGGGCUCUGCGUCCUGUCUUUUGCCGUGAUUUCCGUCUCUUGCUUCAGCAAGUGGUACCAGCAGGUUUUCAAGACCCUGGGCAUCAAGACGGCGCUGAAACUCGAGGUGUCUCUUCUCACUGCCCAUGUGCCUGCCGAGUCGAUCAUGUUCUGCAAGACCAUCCGGAAAAUCAAGAAGAAAGUACUCAGAAGUUGCGACACCUUGAAGGAUGCACAACCUCUGCAGGAUGUGGCCGCGGACUGGUGUGCGCCUGGUAUCUACCAGGCCUGGGCAGUGCCCUGCCAGGCCUUCAACAUGGCUUAUGUGCUCGGCAUGGUGGUGAUCAUGUGCUACAUCCUCGAUGUCAUGCUCAUUCUCACAAGCUUCUUUCUGCUGUAUUACUACGUCUCGAGUGAGAGCCACAAGCCCAUCUACAGGUACUGGGCUGCAGUUCUCCACGCCCUCGGAACUGGCCUCUUCGCCACCGCCUGUGUGACAUAUACCAUCUUCGGUAUGGGCCGCCUCAAUUCUAUAGGUGGUUCUGGCAUCCGUGGCCUCUUCGAAGCCGCCACAUCGGUAGGGAUGACUCCAG